AAGCCGAUCCGAUACAGUAACAGUAGUCAGCACCGUUUCUUGCUGGUGUGGUGGUGCAGAUUUCAUACCGGUAUUACAAUUUAUACUCUUUUCCCGAGUACGAACUGAGGGAGAAUCCGAAUUCAGUAUGUCUGGUGAUCACUACCAUCCCAACGGCGGGAUGCGUCAUCAGCGAGGUUUGAAGCGCACAUACAAUGACAGAGGAGAUGCUACUGGUUACUUUGCAUAUGAAAAUCUUUCCAGAAUACCAUACUAUUCCAAUUCUUGGAUACCACCUGGAAAUCUUCCCAAAAGACUGGGAUCGCAGGAGUUUAACAAUUAUAUCCCUAACAAGAUGCCACGAACAGAAAACUCACGAUCGUACUCCACCUCAUCGGUCCCAUUAUCAAUGUCAUCCGCACCAUCGCCUGCCUAUUCCCGGAUCCCUCCUCCACAUCUGCAAAGGACUGUUACAAAGGGUCCAAGGUCAAUGUCAUCAUCCUCAUCAUCAUCGCCGGUGGCAUUGCCGGCACCAGCAGCAACAAGAGGGACUGCUCAUAGUCAUAUUAAAGUUACUGUUCAAAAUGGUGUGAACUCUGAGAGAAGGAAUAGCAGCACAAGUGGAACAGGUACAGACUCCAGCAAGCAUAAAAGUAAUCGAGAUGAGAUUGAUAAAUCUGACAAGUCUGGAAAAGAAGUGGAUAGUGGGGCAACAAAGAGGAGAGUUUCGUCGCCGUCGUUGAGCAAGACAGAGGGGCUUGGAAAGACAGGGUCAGACAGUGGGGCAGGCCCUUCUAGCACCAAGAAGAAUUCAAAAGACUUUUUAAAAUCUCAAGAGAUGUCGAGAAGAGUAUGGAGCUAUUAUGUUGCAAACAAGCAAAGCAAAGUAGAGGAGAAUGUCAAGGAGGAAAUGAGACGGAAGUUAGAAGCAUGCAUCAAGGAAAUCUACCCUAAUGCUCUUCUUCUUCUUGGUGGAUCUUCAAUGAAUGGGUUUGGUAGCACAGGAUGUGAUGCUGAUAUGUGUCUUUACCUCAGUGAUUCAUUGAUUAGCCAAAAAGAUGCAAGACAAAUCCUACUCACUCUCAGGGGAUACCUUCAACACAGAUGCUCAUUCAUCAAGAAUAUGAAGGUCAUUUUUGCGAAGGUUCCUAUACUCAAGUUUCAACACAAGUUAUUCAGGGAUCUUGACUGUGACCUCAACAUUAACCACCACACAGGUGUUCGCAAUACAGCUCUACUCCAAACGUACUCAGAAUUGGAUUGGCGUGUGUCCCCGUUGGUGAUGAUUAUAAAGCAGUGGGCCAAGAACCAUGGUAUCAACGAUGCCAGCCAAGGUACGCUCUCAUCCUACUCCUACGUCCUCAUGAUCAUCAACUAUCUUCAAGUUGGAUGUAAGCCUCCUGUUGUGGAGUCAAUUCAGAAACAAGAAUGGGGUCGGACUGUGUUUUCCGAUAAUCAGAGUGUCCUGUACUCCUGGAAUAGACUGUUUGAGUAUCCAGUAAAGUUCAUCACUGAUCCCCAUAACCAAUCCAAAAACUCUCAGGAUCUCUACUCACUACUCAAGGGUUUCUUUGAAUACUACGCUAACUUUGACUUUGAGAAUACAGUGAUCAGCAUACGAUUAGGCAGCUGCUUCCCUUGCAAUCUCCUACCUCCGAAUCAUCAGGGAUGGAGACAGAAGUACAUCUUUAUCGAAGAGCCUUUUGACCGAAUCAACACGGCGCGAUCUGUCUUUGACUGGAGCAGAUACAGGCAGAUCCUGGAGGCUUUCGAGGAAACCCGCGAAUCACUAUGCAAGACCAACGACCUUGAUCUCCAGAGCUUCCUCAACCUCAGAUGAUGAUGGUUCGACGUCCCGUCUCCCUGUCCCGCUCUCUAGGAACGGUAUGAAUCAUGGAUUUUCUAUAAGUGAUACCCGAUGAAGCCAAGCAUUAGAUGCUGGCUCCAUGGCUCAAGUGAAGCAAGCAUUAGUGGAGCAUUUCACGAAACAGUUUGUGAUUUUCACUGACAAUUGAUGUUAAACUCCUGAAAUCCUUGCGUCUGAUUGGCUCAGAACAGAAUAGUCAGCGAAAAUCACUGAUAAGAUGUUUCAUGACAAACUCCCGGGUUUUCUUCAAUCAUUGUAAUGAUAACCUGAGGGAGUUUCUUAGUUUGACAUUCCAGAUUGUUGUGGCAUGAUCUUGAAGGCAAUGCGCUUCUUGAGAAUGAUUGGAGAGUGUUAAGACUCAUGAUUUCUCUGAUGUUCGAGCUAAACAUAGAAUUAACUUUGAUUCCAAAGGAAUUUUCCAACUCCUGAUCUUGUGCAAAUCUACGCUGCCAAAACCAACGUUAAUUCAUUGUGAACAGCUUGUACCCAUAUGACAGUUCACCAAUACAUCAAUGUAUGCUUUGAAAUCUAUGUUCUAUGUGAACUAGCUAUUUUGUCUUUCAUUUUUGUCCAGGGACCCGUUUCAUAAACCUUGCUUUCAAUAACAAUGCUAUUUUGCUCUCAACCAAUCAAAGUGUACAAUUUCAGUAGCUUUCAAUGGGUGUUUGUGCUUUGUCGUUGAUAUUACCAAUUUAUGAAGCAGGACCCAGAGCAGAGUACAAGAUUCAUGACAUAUCCUGUCUAUCACACUUAUACUUCACCACAUUGGACCCUGUUUCACAUAACUUGUUUAACAUUAAUUUGCUAUAUAUGGUCAUUAUCCUAUGGCAAUUCAGUGUUAGUCACUCAAAUGUGUUGAUAUCAGGAACUUUAAAUUUGUGAAACAGGAGUUGGAAUUGUAUAUCUCACAUAAUACUUAACCACAUUGGACCCUGUUUCACAUAACUUGCCAAACAUCAGUAUUCUAUAUCAUUUUCCAGUGACAAUUCAGUAUCAGUCAGUCAAAUGUGUUGAUAUCAGGAUUGGUCCGUAAUUGAACUUUAAUUUUGUGAAACAGGGGUUGGAAUUGUAUAUCUCACAUAUACUUAACCCCUCUGGACCCGGUUUUACAUAACUUGCCAAACAUCAAUAUCCAAUAUUCUUAUUGAGUAACAAUUCAGUAUGAGUCAAUCAAAUGUGUUGAUAAGGAUUGGUCAGUAAUUGAAAUUUUAUCUUGUGAAACAGGAACGCGAUAUCGUAUUUUACCAAAGAAUCCAAUCAUCAGGUUCAAUCUAUAGAACUUCAUACCUCGUACUUGGUGUGUUGAUGUGAGAAUGAUUUAUGCAAACCAACUUGAGAUGGGUUGAUCCCUUUCUAUGUUGUCAUCCACCCGAAAGUACAUGGUAAUGUAUACAUUGUCUGCUUCUCCAUAGAGGAUUAGUUUUCCUUCCAAUGUAAUGUAAGCUACUAUUGUGUUUAAUAGUGUAGUGUUUUGUGGUAUUUCUCAUGGAAUUUCUAAAUGGGCUGUGUUUAAGAUACAGGAAUUUGGGAGUAAAUCGCUGAUCGCCAUUCCCUCUUGUAAUCUUUUUUAAUUUAAUGAUAUUCUACUAGAUACUGAAUUGGAUCUUGUAUGUGAACAUUUCCACUGCUUAAGGAGAGAUCUGUGCAACUAUUAAGCCAAAGUAAAGAAUAAGAAAAACAACGAGAGAAAGAAAUUGAAAAACAAACACACCUGAUAUUGUAUAAAGUUAUGAUAUUGUGUACAAACAAGAGUUGUCUCUAAGUCUCUAAUAAAGUCAUAAUCCUUAAUAAAUUGACGAUUUUAUAUUGUAUACAUAUAGCUACGUAAGUUACAUUCCAAACAUUUGUAAAAUUCUAUCCAAUCAUAUUUGGCCAGAUUGAUUCUAGAAUUUCCUCUUCCCGUUUUUGCGAGUUUCCUCCCUCUAUGAUAGUCAAGCGACUGUAUGCAAUGAAUAUUUUGUAUACACUGAAGUUACUGAACAUUUUUAGAUGAUAUUAUUUCCAUGAAAAUUUUGGUGACUGGAUAUUGCGUUGAUAUACCCUUUUAAUGACCUGAGCAGUGAUGAUAAUCUGUCAGAAACUUUUAUUAAGUUCAGUAAUGUACUAUCCAUUAAGUUUGGUUAUCAGUGCUUUACAUUAUACCAUAUAUUAUUUAUGCACAAAUACAAACCAGAUUCUAGAAGGAAGUGUGAUGUUUCAUGUACAUGUCUUGGAAAUUUACGUUGUACUGCAUCUCGUUAACACCGUACAUGAUCAUUGUUAGUGUGUCAUUUGAAUUCAUGGUUGCAUGUAACAUUAACCCAACUAUGGUGUAUAAUGUAAUGAUAUGAUCCAAUGUUGAUAGCCAGAUGUUGCUUUAAUUUCAUCAACAAAUAGCUGGAACACGAAAUCUUCCUAUAUUAAUUUUUUUGUGGGGGGGGGGUGUGUUUGAAUUUCUUUUGGGGGAGGAGGGGGGGGGGGUGGGUCGUCAGAGGAGUGGUCUUUCACUUAGUUCUAUCCAUAGGGUCUUCAUGAAUAGUUUGACUUAUACAUGUAUGUAAAAUUUGACUUAUAUGAGACUCCAGGGUGUAUUAAAAACAAUAGGAUAUGAUAACCAUUUGAUGGAAUUCAUAUACAUGUAGAUCUGAAUCGACCUAGGAGAUUGUUAACUUUGUGUAAAUUUUACUGUGGGAGCAGUGGAUGUACAAGUACUGUUAAUUGAAAUAGCAAGAUCAAAGAAUUCUUACUGAUGAAGAAAAAAAAAAGAUUUAGAACCCUCAAAUUAGGGGCCUGUUUCAUAAACCUUGUUAUAAUGAUAACAAAUUAUUAUUAACAAUUUAAAGCUACUCACUGGAAUCGUUCAAUAUGAUUGGCCGAUGGUAAAUUUAUUAUAGAAAUGGCUUUUUUUUAUAAUAAGUCUUUAUGAAAGAAGACCCAGAUUUAGCAAUUCUCUUUCAUUUUAUAUGGUGUUGUAACCCAUCAAGCCCCAUUGGAAAAUGUGUAUUUAUACUGAAAUCAAUUUUUUCUUCCAGGGAUAAAUAAUACAUGUAUAUGGGGCCUCAGGACGUUUUCGUCUCCAAAGUGCUCAAAAGAGCCCUGGAAUCUCUAAAAGGAACCUUGGAAAAUUGCCAAUCAUUGCAAUGUUAUGACUUAUCCAAUUUACAGAUUUAGGCAGUAAGUUGUGAUAAAAAGCCCCUGAAAAAAAAAAUGAUUUUUUGCCUGUUAUGCUCUCACGUUCUGAUUUUCACCCGUAGAGGGGCAGUGUCUCCUUAAGGAGACCCGUUUGCACUUUCUCUUAUCCUGAAUGUAACCAAUCACACAAUUAGAUAUGAUUUAAAAAUGAAAAAAAAAACCCAGGUACUACUGAAAACCUAAUACAUCUCCAGUGCCUUAAUCAAAGCAGUUUGACUUGAUUAUUGUGUUAUCUUUAAAAUUAGCAUUAGGUUAACCCUGAUACCGGAAUCUCCAGCCAGGCCAUAACGAUCAUGCACAGCUUCAUAAAAAAUAAUGAGUUUGCUAUUUAGAAUGCCAAUUAGCAUCUAUCUAACUGUUCAUUUGGAUUCUUGCGAUAUUCAUUAAUUUAUUAUAAAAACUAAUAAUUUUGAUUCCCAAUUAGAGGAGUGAAAGGUAAUGUCUAGGCAUGUUACAUACUGUAUAUGGGAAGAAUGUCAGAAUUUACUUCAUUUUUUGAAAAUUAUGGUUACUUGUUAGUUGUUAGUACAAUAUAUCAACUUUUUUUUAUUUAUAAUGAUAAUAAUAAUAAUGGUAAGUUUUUGUAUAGGAUAGCGCAUAAUGCAACAAAUAAGUCUCUAUGCGCUUUUCCUGUGUGAUUAUGUCACAAUUCUUCCAAAAUUAAAUGCUAUCUUGAUCUGUAGUGUGUUUGAAUGUAUGAGACAUUAUUGUUUUUGUUGUUUUUGUCUCUCUCUACUCUUUAGUUCUUAUGACACUUGUGUUCUGAAAUAUUACAAAAAGAUGCAAAGCAUGUGAAUAGGUAAUAUAUAGUUUUAUUUGGUUUCAAAGCUAUAAAAAUCAAGUAGUUGUCAUAAGCAUUAAUUUGCAGAGAAAGUCUUUAAAGUCAAGGUUAUCAAUCAUUGUUGAUGUAAAUCUGGUAGUUCUGGCUUUAACAAAGCAAAUGUGAAUUAACGUAAUGAAAUGUUGCUCUGAAACCAAGAUAGUCCCCAACAUAAAUAAACAUUCCUGGGCCCAUGUAUUGGUAUUGCUUGGAAGAAGACACGUCUCCAACUGAAUGCCAUGCUUAUUGUGCUUACUUGCACAAUUACAAAUUUUUACUAGAAUCAUUUGGCAUAAUACACUUUUUUUAAUUGACACACACUUUGGUGAUCAUUUUGUUGAAUUUGUUGAAUUUUGUUGAAUUCUGUAUGAAUUAAUGUUAUGAUUGUUGCCAGAAGUGGGAUAUAAGUUUUAAGCAGAAGUCCAUCCUGAUGUCAGAUUGUUUUUUUGUUUUUUUUAAUAAAAAAUCAGUAAAUCAUUCAUAAGGAGAGAAGCAUAUCAAUGACGGUUUGGCAAAAAUCCAUCAAAUAAAAAACAGCCAGAAAUUGUCAAAGGUUUUUAUUUUAUGACUUAUAGCAGCUCCUGGAUGUCAUGUAAAAUGUUUGAUUUUAUGAAUUUCAUAAAUUGCCAUUUUUCAGUGGUUCAUGAUGAUUUAUAUUUUUUCAUGGAAGUGUGAAUGGGGGUGCGUCGUGGUCUAGGGGUUCUGACUCUCGCCUUUGAAACAGAAGGUUGUGGGUUCGAAUAGUAGCCAUGGCACGUUUUCCUUCAGCAAGAAAUUUAUCCCCACUGUGCUGCACUCGACCCAGGUGAGGUGAAUGGGUACCCGGCAGGUGUAAUUCCUUGCAUGCACUGAGCGCCGGUGACUAGCUCGAGCUACAACUGGGGUAAUAACAGCAGCACUUUGUAUCCUCUGGCAAAAAGCGCUGUAUAAAUCCAGCUCUUAUUAUUAUGGAAAAAGUGUCAUUGAAUACAUGGGUAAAAACCUUUUUUUCAAUAUCCUGAAAUAAUUGGCACUCUGUGGAAUUCAAGUGCAUGACAUGUGGGAGAGCUACUUGUAUGUGAAGUCACAACAUAUUAUAAUUUGAAAAAAAAUUUAAACAAAACUUGGAUAUUCUUGCAUUAAUUUUGCGAAGCAUGUGUUGAUAUCUAUUUUUGUUUUGUUAUGACCAUUUUGACAUCAGGGUGAACUUCGUUAAGUUUGCAAAAUGAGGAGUAUAUAUUCUAAAGGCCAUUGUGCAAUUUAUUGGUUUCUGCUUUAUAUGUACCGAGAUAUUCUAAUAUGUCUCAGGAGGAAAUUGGCUUGAACAAAAUAUAGCCAAUCAAAGAGUUUUGACAAUAUCGUGUAUUUUAAUUUGAUGGACCAAUGACAAAGUCAACGGUAAAGAAAUAGUGGUAGCAGUGAUUUUAUCAAAUAUUUAAAGAAUGAAUAUGAAUAUUGAGGUGACAAGUUUAAUAUUCUUUUGUUUUAGAUGAUACAAGAAACAAAGUACUGUCAAGUGUCAGUUUUGUAUUUUACUACAUUUGUGUACAAUGUCUAUGUAUUGAUGCAGCCCAGUAUAAUGUUCAUAUGCUGUCUAGCAAAUAUAGAGUGGAAUUACAUGUAUUUGCCGCUCUAUGUUGUGUUUUUUAUGUUCCAAGAUAUUAUCAGGAAUUCUGCAUCUCUUGCUUUUUAUUUCAUUUUUUGUGUAUGAGAUAUCGCCACGUGAGUGUCGAGGAGAAAUGUGCUGAUUCGUGGUGAUUUUGAUUUUUUUGUUAAUAAAAUUAUAUAUUUACAGUUA